CCGGCGGAAGCGCCGCGAAGGUUCCGGGGCCGCGAUGGCUCCGGACCCCUGGCUCCCGCUGCUCGCCGCCGCCCGCCAGCUCGCCCAGGACAUCGCCGAGAAGCUGCAGGAGCGGAGCCGCUGCCAGCGGAGCGGGGAGAGCUCGGCCAAGGUCAACAUUGCCAUCAGGUCCUCGUUGCAGAGCCUCAGGGAGAAGAUCGAUCAGCUGAGGGAGCAGCUGCUGCGGGCGGUGUCCACUCGGCAGAUCACCCAGCUGGAGGGGGACAGGAGGCAGAACCUGGUGGACGAGCUGGUGACACGGCACAGGCAGCUGGAGGCAUCCUACAGGAAUGAAGGUCCUGAGCCAGACAUGAGCAGGUCCAGCCUCAUGGCAGGAGGGGCCAAACGAGGCGUCACCAACCCCUGGCUCUUGGAAGAAUCGGAGGAGACCAGAGGACUUGGCUUUGAAGAGCUCAGGCAGCAGCAGAGAAGGAUCAUUGAAGAACAAGACGCUGGACUCGAUGCUCUUUCUUCAAUCAUAUCCAGGCAGAAACAAAUGGGGCAGGAAAUUGGGAAUGAGCUGGACGAGCAGAACGAGAUCAUCGAUGACCUGACGAGCCUGGUGGAGAGCACGGACGGGCGGCUGCGCAGCCAGACACGGCACGUGCAGGCAGUGGAGAGGAAAUCCACGUCCUGUGGGAUGCUGGUGGUGAUCGUGCUGCUGCUCAUCGCCAUCGCCGUGGUCGCGCUCUGGCCCACGGGGUAACCCCGACCCUGCUGGGGCAGCUGCUCCAGGGGAGCCCCAGGGCUCGGGCAAGGACCUGCUGAGGGCAGGGAUGAGCUCCAUCCAUCGCUGGGAACAAACUCCACAUCUGGGAAUGACCCCACUGAGCAAACUGAACAAACCCACAGCCGGGAAUGACCCCACUGCAGCAGCCUGAGGCAGCCCCGCUCUCCUUGGCCAAGGAGCUCAGUGAGACCUGCAAGAUUUCAGUGGGAAAGGAUUUCAUCCCAUUAACAGGAUUUCAUUGCACUAACAGGAUUUCAUCCCACUCUUCCCACCUUCCCGUGGCUCUCAGGCAGCUGCAGCUGUGGGGUGGACCCACCUGUCCUGCACCUGGGCCCAGCUGGUGCUGCUGCCCUGCCCAUCUCCUGAGCUCAGACAUGCCAGGGGCUCCAAACACCGAAAUGCAGGAGUGCUGUGGAGAACAGCCACAUUCCCUGCUCUGGGAUCCCUCCUGCAGAGGGAAAUGCUCCAUUCAGGGAAUGUCCUGGGGAGUGGCUGCCUCUGGAUUCCCCCAGGAUGGGAAGGGACAGCCCUGCAGGAGUCCCUGGGCUGCACAGAACCAUGGGGACUGGGUCAGUGCUCAGCCUUGGGGAGGCUUGCUGGGGUAUUGAUCCCCAGGGGUGGUCAUUGGUGGGUUAUUGAUCCCCAGGGAUGGUCAUUGGUGGGUUAUUGAUCUCCAGGGACGGUUAUUGGUGGGUUAUUGAUCCCCAGGGACAGUUAUUGGUGGGUUAUUGAUCCCCAGGGAUGGUUACUGGUGGGAUAUUGAUCCUCAGGGAUGGUCAUUGGUGGGUUAUUGAUCUCCAGGGGUGGUUACUGGUGGGUUAUUGAUCUCCAGGGAUGGAGUUAUUGGUGGGUUAUUGAUCUCCAGGGAUGGUUAUUGGUGGGUUAUUGAUCUCCAGGGAUGGUUAUGGGUGCGUUAUUGAUCUCCAGGGAUGGUUACUGGUGGGUUAUUGAUCCCCAGGGAUGGUUAUUGGUGGGUUAUUGAUCUCCAGGGACGGUUAUGGGUGCGUUAUUGAUCUCCAGGGAUGGAGUUACUGAUCUCGGAUGGGAACUGAACAGCAGCAGGACUCAGCCCAGCCUGUGAGAGUGAGAGCUCUGCCCUCGUGUGCUCCCCAGAGGGCUCUGCCAGCCUGGCCCUGGGAGAUGCAGCACAAUUAACGUCCUCACUGAGCUCUGGCUCUUCCUUUGACAGCUUCUCACACCCUUCUACAGCUGAGAGGAAGGAUUACCUGUUUCAAAACUAAUGAAAAAGAAGUAUUAAAUGUUUGCUUCUGGCCAAGAGAAUAAUUAUUUUGUUACACAUGUCAGUUUGAUUUCAGGAUUAAUAGAGCAAGCAAUAAAUACUGAUUAAA